AUGGGAGUGAGGAGGCUAAAUGCAUUUGGACACCAAACCUCUUUAACACAGAGCCAGGCAAGUUCACCCACCGGGCCGGGCGAGCAGGGCCGGCUGCCGCGGUGGUUCCAGCCGGGCUCCGAUCGCCUGGACUCGCGGUCGCUCUCAAGAAGAACUCACAGUAGGAGGAGUCCCUCUGAGACUACACUUUUCGGAAAUSACUAUUUUUAUUUCAUUCUUCAAGUUGUAGUUGCUGAUUUGGAAGAAGAACAAGCUGCAGUUGGAAAGACUACACAAUGGACGUUUCUUUCUCUCUCCCAAAUUAGUGCUCUUUCAGAAGAAAAUAUUGAAGGAGUUCAAAAAAAGCUGGAAGAAUUCCUGAAUUUUAAACAAUUAAAAACAUCUUUGAAGGAAGCUAUUUUGCUAGAUUAUUAUACCUCAGGAUUUUGGUGGGCUAAAGAAAUGAACUUCAGUCUUGAACAGCUCGCAGGAUUCAUGGGUCUGUUAAAUCUCCUUUUAGAGAAUCUCAGUGACAAACAUAUGACAUUAGGCGAUAACAUAAAAGAACUUGGAAGAACAAUGGCUGGAAUAGGAGGAGCUCAUUCCGAAGAAAGUGGUGACUUGUUUUUCUUCAGUAUUGAGCAAGCCAAAGCAGUCAUUGAUUACUUGAAUAUCAGCCUAUUUCAACCCUAUAAACUGUAUGAAUAUCUUUUCCAUAGUCCUAGAGAAGAACGUGUGAUAAGUAAGGAGGUGACGCCGCUCCAGCCUAUUGUGGAUGUUGAGCCGCUUCAGGCAGCCUGGGCUGCUUGGAAGCUGGGCCUGAGCAGGGAUUGGAGACUCGAGUAAUGUGUGUGGCAG